UAUGUUUAAAUGGAUUUCUUUUAUCUUUGAUGAACUGGUGAUGUAUAUAUACAACUCAUUGAUUUUAUAAUGUUGUUGUUGUGAUGCCUUAGGAACUAUGUGACAUAUGCUUUGAAAAGAUGGUUAUAGGGCAAGGCAAGGAUUUGUUUACAGCAGAGUGUUCUCAUGAUUUCCAUAUCAGCUGCAUUGCUUCCAGGGUUAAGCUUGGCUGUCGCGUUUGCCCUACUUGUCGCACUACUUGGACAGACCUCUUCAUACAAAUGAUACAAUCAUAUUCACCACUUACCUUGGAGCCUACUUCCUUCGCAGAUGGCGAACCCCUCCCUGCCCCCACCCCUACCCCUACCCCUGAGGCACCCAUCAACAACACCAACACCGACUCCUUUCCAACCUCAACACACCCUCACAAUGCUAACAUGAUAGUAACAGGCUUACCUCAGUACCCUGUACUAAGCAACUCCAAACAAUCCGACAAUUUUGCUGUCCUCAUCAGCCUUCAGGCCCCUAGGCAGAUUGACCAUGCCCCACUCGAUCUCAUUGCAAUUCUAGAUGUGAGUGACAGUAUGGGUGGUGAAAAGAUCAGGCUCGCCAAGCAGGCAAUAAAGUUUGUUGUCGACAACCUUGGCCCUUCAGACCAGCUGUCUAUCAUCACAUUUGUUAACUCAAAACAACAACUGACCCAACUUAGUGGGAUGACUGAUGUAAGGCGAGUUAACACUAUCCAGUUCAAGCACACCCAUGACUCUACUAACAUCAUUGCAGGACUGAAAACAGCCGCGGUGAUCCUGGAGAAGAGGAGUGAAAUGAACCCAGUCUCAAGUAUUAUUCUUCUUUCUGACGGUCAAGACAGAAGAUAUACAGAUUCCCUUGACGCCCUCAAAACUCUCCCGCUUUACCUCCGUACUAAUGACUCAUCAAUAUCUGUUUCGCAAACUGGUGCAGUUCCUGUACACACAUUUGGGCUUGGUCAUGACCACAAUGCUACUGCCCUGCACGCCAUAGCAGAUGGUUCAGGCGGGACCUUCUCAUAUAUCGAGUCAAUUGAUACUAUCCAAGACGCCUUUGCUCAGUGCAUAGGCGGAUUGUUUAGUGCUAAGGCACAAGAAGUGGAAUUAAAAGUGAGAUGUGUCUCUCCAGGGGUUCAAAUUAAGUGCAUCUUCUCCAGCAGGUAUCGCAGCUGUAUCAAUGCUGAUGGGAUACAUGGAGUGAUACAUAUGGUGGAUUUGUACUCGGAAGAAAAGAGAAUGUUCCUGGUGUGUGUCUCAGUCCCACCAGCUGAUCAGGAGACCUCAACAACGCGGUUGUUAGAGGUCAAUUGUUCCUACAAAGACCCACUGUCUAACCUAUACAUAACGUCUGACAUCAUCUGUGUUGAAAUUCCCCGGCCACCAGCUGAGGACGUUUCAACAAAAGACAUGCUGAGAGAGGUAGAUAGAGAGAUAAUCCGCAUUGGAAUAGCAGAAAACAUUUCCAAGGCAGAAGCAAUGGCAGUACGAGGAGAGCUAAGCGAAGCUGUAUCAUUUCUUGAGCAGGAUAAAACAAAUCUGAUGCAGACAGCCUCAGGAGAGGCAAGGGAUCCUUUCUGUGAACAAUUGCAAAAGGAUUUGAAAGCGAUACAAGAGAAGAUGAAGAGUAGGGCAGAAUUUGAAGCGAGAGGAAAAGCUUUUAUGCUUUCAAGGUGUAAGACACUUUUUGAUCAGAGAGCUUCAACUCAAGCUCUCAUACCUGAUGGUGCUUCUGGUUCUGCUCCGCCUGAUGACAUUCCUUAUUAUCAGACGUCGAUCAUGAGAAGAAUGGUGCAGAGGUCACAGGAACUGCGCCAACUGCAUGAUCAGAAUGAGAAUUCAGCUGAAAGCAGCAGUAGCAACAGCAAGCCUUAAGGGAUUACUUCAAAAUGUCUCUGCAAACUAAAUUCGAAUAAGAAAUUUUUCUUUCAGUAUUUAUAUUUACAGUAGGUGUGGUUUGGAUUAAGGUGAAGGUUUUGGAGAUGAUUUAGCAGUAGCUUUAUCGAAAAUUCAAAACUGUAGCCAUCUUACCAUCCUUUUAUAUUUGACUAGCUAUCACAUUUAUAUAUUGUCAAUCUAUUAUUAUGAAUAUGAAUGAUAUAAAAAAAA